CAUAAGCUUUUCACAAGGCAGUCCGGGAGUGCCUCCUUUUCUUAUCUAUGGUGCUGUGUCUCAUCAUCCCAUUGCUGGCGUGCAAAAGCAUUGGCAGACUAUGCAUCACUUUGCGGCUAAAUUACGGAAAAUGAGCAUAUUGGUUUGCUCUUCCUAGGCAUUCUACUCAGAGCAAGAGCAAAAUGGCCUAAUGGAUGGAAGAAGAAACCCACCAGACAUGAAUGCACCAAAUGCAGAACCGGUUGUCUGAGUGGUCAUGGCUCUAGUGCCUCCUGACUAAGACCACUGCUUCAUUGAGUCAUUCUGUCACCUCUGCUCUAACUCUCAUCUUACUUAUAAGUAUGAGAGAGUACUCUGCUCUUUACUUAUUCAAACCCUCAUAUCUCUACUAUCCUCAUGGGUUGCCAAGAGGAGUUGCUUGUGGAAAAAGUCUGUGAAAUCUAUCACAAAAUUUCUAGCUUAGACAAUCUCAAACCCUCAAUUCAUGUCAACAGCCUUUUCACCCAACUUGUGGAAACAUGCAUCGCCCAAUGUCACAUUGACAUUACAAAGUUGAGUGAGAGAGUGACUGAAGUAAGGUGGAAACUAAUAAACCUUUGUGGGGAAGCUGAGGGACACCUAGAGAGUCAUUUUUCUGCACUCAUAUUAGCUGAUCACCAGAACCCCAUCAAGAACAUCAGUCUCUUCCCUUACUAUUCCAAUUACCUCAAACUCACCCAACUUGAAUUUUCACUGCUUAGCAAAAGUUGCACUCGGGUUCCUAACCGGAUUGCCUUCGUGGGUUCUGGCCCUCUCCCUCUCACCUCGAUCGUCCUGGCCAGAGAUCACCUCAAAACUACUUGCUUUCAUAACUAUGAUAUUGAUUCAUCAGCGAAUUCUAAGGCCGUCAAAUUAGUUUCAUCGGAUCCUGACUUGUCGAAGAGAAUGUUUUUCCACACAGACGAUAUUAUGAAUGUAUCAAGUGAGUUGAGACAAUAUGAAGUUGUCUUCUUGGCUGCUCUAGUUGGAAUGGACAAGAAAGGGAAGGCUCAAGUAAUUACUCACUUGUCUGAGCACAUGGCUCCUGGAGCUUCUAUUCUGCUGCGAAGUGCACACGGUGCUCGAGCAUUCCUAUACCCAGUUAUCGAUCCUAGUGAACUUCUUGGCUUUGAAGUUCUUUCAAUCUAUCAUCCAACAGACGAAGUCAUUAAUUCAGUGAUCGUUGCACGGAAGGUACUAAGGCCUAUUCAUUCACUGAAUCAAGGGGUUGGUUCUACAAUAUUGCCUGGUAAAUGCUCUGAUAUGCAUGACUUCAAUCUGUUAAGCCAUGGCAACAAGAUCGAGGAAGUGACCAUUGAGGAGAAGCUGAAGCUGUCCUAAAUCCUCUUUUGUACCCCUCUUACAAAGUUCAUGUCUGAGUCAUGUCCUCACCUGAUGAUUCCAAUCAAGUGUUUUCAA